AUGGCUGUUGGAAAGAACAAGCGCCUUUCAAAGGGUAAGAAGGGUAUCAAGAAGAGAACAGUCGACCCCUUCACUCGCAAGGACGAGUACUCCGUGAAGGCUCCUUCCACCUUCCAGACCCGCGAUGUCGGCAAGACUCUGGUCAACCGCACCAGCGGUCUCAAGAACGCCAACGACUCGCUGAAGGGCCGUAUCUUCGAGGUCUCUCUGGCCGACCUCCAGAACGACGAGGACCACGCCUUCCGCAAGGUCAAGCUCCGCGUUGAUGAGAUCCAGGGCAAGAACUGCUUGACCAACUUCCACGGUCUGGACUUCACCACCGACAAGCUCCGUUCCCUUGUCCGCAAGUGGCAGUCUUUGAUUGAGGCCAACGUCACCGUCAAGACCACUGACGACUACCUCCUCCGUCUGUUCGCCAUUGCCUUCACCAAGAGACGCCCCAACCAGAUCAAGAAGACCACCUACGCCCGUUCUUCUCAGAUCCGCGCCAUUCGCAAGAAGAUGACUGAGAUCAUGCAGCGUGAGGCCGCCAGCUGCACUCUCUCUCAGCUCACCCACAAGCUCAUCCCCGAGGUUAUUGGCCGUGAGAUCGAGAAGUCCACCCAGGGCAUCUACCCCCUCCAGAAUGUUCACAUUCGCAAGGUCAAGCUCCUCAAGUCGCCCAAGUUCGACCUCGGUGCUCUCCUUGCUCUCCACGGAGAGUCUGCGACUGAUGACAAGGGCCAGAAGGUGGAGCGGGAGUUCAAGGAGCAGGUCCUCGAGAAUGUUUAA